CAUUCAAUUAAAUGAAAUCGGACCCUUUUUGAACCUGUGUGAAAUUUGUGAAGGUUUUUUGAUUCAUUAUAUUCGUGUUUGCUGCCAUAAAAUAUCCCCCCUGUUCUGUGUUUGUUUCCUAUUGUUUACAUCAGCUGAUAUUCUCCAGUCAAAUCAGAAGGUAUAUAUCAAUAAAGUAAAUCUCCAAAUUAUCCCCAAUAUGAAGGAAAGUCGAGGUUACGUUGUAAUCUAAAACUUGCUGGUUAAAAUGUAGGUAGUUGUUAAAUCAUCAAUAACUCUGAUGUUCCUGAUGAAAUUUGGGCGCUGUGCCCAGUGUGUGCUUCGAAAUGCUCCCCAAAUUCGUUAUAUCUCGACGACAAACACGAAAAAAAACUCCUUUAGAAACAUUCCCUCCUUGGUGUUUGGCAAGUAUUUGCUACAUACGAACAUUGUGAGUUCGGGGGUUCUUAUGUGGCUAGGCGAUAUUUGCCAGCAAGAAAUCGAGGUUCGACAAGGAAAACUUAGCAAAAGAUACGACUAUGGGAGAAUGGUUCGCAUGUUCAUUGUAGGCCUAGGACUGGGGCCCAUACACCAUUACUAUUAUCUGUACAUAGCCAAAGUAAUGCCAAAGCGGGACUUCAAGACAGUUUUCACCAAAAUAGGCCUAGAUCAAUUUAUGAUGUCCCCAAUUUGUAUUGGAACAUUCUUCUACAGUAUGGGCGCAUUAGAACUUAAACCAAUUGAGAAGAUCAAUGAAGAACUUAAAAAAAAGUUUUUGGACGUUUAUAUGAUGGAUUGGUGUGUGUGGGUUCCAACGCAGUUUAUAAACUUCUACUUCGUUCCUGUAAAGUACCAAGUGUUUUACAUUAAUGCGGUUACCAUGUUGUACAACAUUUUCCUCUCCUACAUCAAGCACAGAGAUAUGCCACAUAAUCAGUUAGACGAGCCUCUGGUAAUUAUACAGGCAAGUGAUGCUAAGAAAUUGAAUUGAUUCUGUUACUACGUUAAUAUACUUAUUUAAUGAGA